GGGAGGGAAGGGUUAAAGGUCCCCUGCCUGCUGGGCUGUUAACUCCGUGGUGCCCGGCCGGCCCGCUCGGUGGCAAGGGAGAGGUUUUCUCCGCGUCCCUUCCCACCUGUCCCCGGAACCUGGAGAGGUCAGGAGAGGGCAGAAUUCCCUGGCCAGCGGAGGCUGGAGGAGACCCGGUUCCUAGACCAGAAUGACAGGCAUGGAAACAGGCCCUGAGGUUAGUUCUCAGGGAUUCCUUAGGCCAGGACCCGGCGUGACAGAGGGAGGAAGAGUCGUCAGAGGAACUCAGAAAGUGCGUGGGGACGUCCCGCAUCCUAGCCUCCAGGCUCACAGGGGGCCACAGGCCGGCCUUCUGGGUUUCCAGGCCUUUGCCACAUCCGGGGGUGUGGCCUCACUGUGGUUGGACACUAGAGGCCAGGAGACCCGAGGCUUGUGACUCCGGGUGUAGUCAGUCACCGUAUCCCUGUGUGACCUUGGGCCCCAUUCCUAGGGGGAGCCUCAGUUUCCCUGUCGGUUGAGUAGAGCAGUCAAAAUUUGGCAAUCGUUUUGGAAGGAGCCUGGCCGGCCAUGGUCCAUGGGGUCGCAAAAAGAGUCGGACACGACAGAGCGACCUAAACAUCAACAAACAACUUCGGUCCUCAGCCUUCACUCUCGCCCGCGGAGCAGCACCUGGAAUCGCCAGUGCCCAGCGCCCCGGGGGCCCUGGCGGGCGGACCCACCCAAGCGGCCCCGGGAGUCCGGGGGGAGGAGGAGCAGUGGGCCCGAGAGAUCGGGGCCCAGCUGCGGCGGAUGGCGGACGACCUCAACGCGCUAUACGAGCGGCGGAGACAAGAGGAGCGGCAACGACACCGCCCCUCGCCCUGGAGGGUCCUGUACAAUCUCAUCUUGGGACUCCUGCCCUUCCCCGGGGGCCGCGGAGCCCCCGAGGUGGAGCCCAAUUAGGUGCCUGUACCCGCCCGGUGGAUGUCGGGGACCCGGGGGGGCAGGACCCUCCCAACUCCUGACGCCCUGGCCAGCGCGGGGGACUCUUUCUGCACCAUGUAGCAUACUGGACUACAGCCCUGCCCGACCCAGGGGUGGGCCAGGGCAGCCACUCCCGACCCAGCCCCGGCCUAGCCCCAGGGAGCACUGAUGGAGACGUGGACUCCUGGGCCCCUGGCUGAGGGGCCAGGGGAGAGAGGGCUGACGGACUUGGCGUCUGAAGGCGGCGGGGACCGAGGGGGCAGGGCCUGAGCUGCCCCCCUCUGCCGCCCACCACCAUCUCAGGAAAGGCUGCUGGUGCUGGCUGCCCAUUCCAGCUGCAGCGGUGACACUGGGGGGCGGGGGUCUCUCCCCCCAGCGCUCCUUCACUUUGGGCCUGGCCUCAGGCCCCUGGUGCUUCCCCCCCUCCUCCCGGGGAGGGGGCCCAUGAAGAGCAAAUGAGCCAAACGUGACCACUAGCCUCCUGGAGCCAGAGAGUGGGGUGCGUCCUGACGGGUGCCCCGGCCCAGCGCCCAGCCAUCUUCCCUGAGCCAGCCGGCGGGUGGUGGGCAUGCCCGCCUCACCUUCAUCUGGGGGUGGCCAGGAGGGGCCCAGACUGUGAAUCCUGUGCUCUGCCCGCGACCACCCCCCGCUUCCCCCCCAUCAAUCCCAUUGCAUAGGUUUAGAGAGAGCACGCGUGACCACUGGCAUUCAUUUGGGGGGUGGGAUAUUUUGGCGGAAGCCGCCCCAGCCUUAGUCCCCAGGGCGAAGCGCUGGGGGGAGACGGGGAGUCAGGGAGGGGGGGAAAAUCUCAGAAGAGGGAGGAGUCUGGGAGUGGGGAGGGAUGGCCCAGCCUGUAAAAUACUGUAUAUGCGCUGCUGUAGAUACCGGAAUGAAUUUUCUGUACAUGUUUGGUUAAUUUUUUUUGUACAUGAUUUUUGUAUGUUUCCUUUUCAAUAAAAUCAGAUUGGAACAGUGGA